CGGAGCUAGCGGCUUCCUAGCACCUGCUGGGAGCAGAACCGUGAGGACGCGGGAACUGAGCGUAGGGCCCAAGGGCGAGCGCACGCCCUCGCGAAGCCGGGCGGGAGGCCGUUAUGGAGCCGUCUCCGCAGGCUCGGGUCCUGCGAUGCUGCUGCUGCCGCGUCUUCCAGGCGUACCAGGUAAAAAAGAGUCUCAAGUGGACAUGCAAAGUUUGCGGAGAGCAGCAGUCAUUUUUACGGGCUUACGGUGAGGGCUCUGGUGCCGACUGUAGACGCCACGUCCAAAAAUUGAAUCUGCUGCAGGCCCGGCUCUCGGAGACGCCACUCAGGUCUCCGGAAGUGCCUGUUCAUGCUGGCAGAGAGAGAAAUGCAGGUCCUGGGCUGGCCGAGCUCCUGAAUGCACAGGAAGAACCCCAGCCAUCCAGGAACCGCUGGCAGAAGUACCUGGAAAGGGGCUCUGGAGAGCUGGGGCUGCAGGGAGCCGUGGGUUUCAGCAGCUGGUCCUCGUCCUCAGUGGGAAAGCUGAACGCUCCCUCUGGGACCCGCCUGCCUAGAACAAGGAGGUGGAGCCAGAGUGAGGUCCAGCCUCCACACAGCCCUGCUGGCCAGGACACGGGGGACUCUGAGGUCACCUCACAGACACAGAAGGGUCACACCAGCCUGCCAGGAAAGUCAGAGGGAGUAGUCACCAGGCCUGGGACGUUGGGGAGAGCCCUGGGCCUGGGAGGGCACCAGUGUGCCACCCAGCAGGUGAGGGCCAUGCCUUCUCAGUGGGUACGAUUCUUUCCGCCACCUGGGAACAGCGCACAGGUGGACACAGAGCCCUCAACACUGCUGCAGAGGGGCCCCGUGCCAGCUGGGGCAGCACAAGCUGAGCAGGGGACCCCACAGGACUCAAACCACAAGACCACUGGUGCACUCCAGCUUCCUUGGGCCACACACACUCCAUGUGGGCCCAGGAGGCCCUUUGAGGUGAUCCCUGAGCAGUUGUGGGGUACAGGCCCUCAAGCAGAGGGUGGGCCCUUGGUCAGAGGGGCACCAGAGUCCCGACUUGUGCGACUACAAGACCUCUUUAACACUGGGGAGGACUUCGAUGACGUCCUGUGAACAAACUGGGGUGUCACUAUGUGGGUGUGUCUGCUAUGUGAGCCUUCCCAGCAAGACCUGUCGCUGCUUCUAGUGAGCAGGACUGAGGAUUUAUGGGAACUGCUGAGAACCUACAAACAUGCAUUUCAAACAGAUCAUCUCUUGUUGCAACAUCUUUGAGUAAAGUGCUUACAUCAUUUAAUUACAGGUGGGUUACAAAUAUGCUAACAAAAUGGCUACAAAGGGAUAUUCUUCCUUUAAAAGCAGGUGACACAUUUGGAAACCAGGGAACUGUAAUGGUUAUGGAACAGGCAGUGGUCAGCGACCACCAUCAGUUCCUGUCAGCCCUUCCUGUUCUCAGACGUGAAGCCCGUCCCGGGCUGUCCUGCCCUCAGGGACUCGCUCCAGGACAGCCUCCUUCCUGGCAGGAUGGUGGCUGUAUUCCGGCUAACCUUGGAGCAGAUCAGGUUUCCAGCAGAAAAUCAACUAUGUCAGUGUACUGUUAGUCAUUUU